GCGGAAGUCUGGCAGAAAACACAGAUUGGCCUGCUCGCCCAUUGCCCGGGUGCGGGCCUGGGUGCUUGGCGCCUUCAGAUUUGGGAGAGGUCUGUUCUGAAAAUCCCCGGUGUUUUGUGGGAGGCGUGGCGCCAAAAGGAAGCAGAAUCAUGUAUCCCGGCGGAAGCAGGAUAUGGGGUCUUGUAUACAGGGCACCAGCGCAGGCCAAACGAGGGUGGCUCAGGACUAAUAAUACUGCGAAACACAGGCAUUCGUCGAUCAGAGGGAAGCAGGGUCGGGGCUCGCUGCCCGAAAAGGCAGGGGUUCGGAAAUACAGAUGUGGAUUAUUCGGGCGGCUGCGUGAAUUGCUUUUGGACAUUCUCGCCGUUUGGGCCGUCACCUUUCUUACUUUUUUCAGCUAAUAAAUACAGUCCGUCCAGGUUGGCCUGGGUGCUAUACUAGCUUUAGAAUUGCCACACACGCACCAAUUCACAGACUCCUGUCGGAUACACCAUAUCUGUUCUAUGGGCU